CAACGACAGUCGGAAGGCUGUAUUCACCGGCCCAGUCGCGGAGUCGGCGGCCUUCCGAGUGGCGGGUCGAGCGUCGCUGCAGCCCGCCUCGUCUGGGUUCCCACCAGCAGCUGGAGAAAAAUGGCCUUGCCUCUCGCGCCAUCGAUCCUUUGCCUCUCGCUGAGUGCGCUCGCUGUCUUUGGCGCCUGGCUUGAGCCCCCGUGCCGGUUCUCCAUGCCGGUCCCAACUCGCUACACCGGCAUCUGGUCGUUCCUUACGUUCCAGACCAACGUGAUCAGCGCGGGCUACUUCGGGAUCUGCGUCGUCUCCGCGCUGGUGCCCGACACCUUGUUGGACCCGUGCGUCGUGACAGGCUUCCCGCUUGCCUUCGCACUGGACCUGCUCCUGACGCCACUCUACUAUGGGCUGGACCACUUCAACGCCGAGAACGUCAAGGUCCGCCGCAAGUGGAUCCAGGGUGUCGAGAUCGACGGGACGCGGAUGGUCUACCCGUACGUCGAGGUGGCCGCACAUCUGCAGCAUGCGCCUGGCGCUGUGGUUGCCCUCGUGGCCGCCCUUUGCAUUCAGGCGUCGCCGUCUCGCGUCGCCUGCACGGUUGGCCCGUGCUCGUACCUCGCCUUCUACCUCACGCAGACGAUUGCCUGUCGGGUGGCGACAGGCGCGUGGGUAUACCCGGUGCUUGAAGACGUCCAGCGGGCCGCAGGACUCGUCGGCGUCGGUGCCUUCAUCCUCGUUGUGUGUGCCGUCGGCGCCGUGCUUGCAUGGGUUGGGAAGGCCCUUGUGGACGCGCGCUUGGCAUUGUAGCCCCCGCUCGUGACGGUCGUGUGGCGUCAGUGUGGCGCUGGUGUCAGAGGCGCUCUCGGCACUCGGGCCAGGACGGGGGCCAAGAUGGCAGGGGUACGGGGGCCCCCUGCCCCUAGCGGGUAGCGCGUCGCGAGGCGCGUGUCGUGUACGAGCCCGGUUUUAUAUUCUACGUAGUUU